GGUGUACUCUCCCUCCGCCGCGGGGGCUGAUGGGAUGCUGGAGGACCGCCGCUCGGCUUUUACGACAGCGCGGCGGGCGCGCUUGACGGCAGGUGGCUGUCUGGGGGACGGCGGCGGGCGCGCUUUACGGCAGGCGGUGCGCUGCGGGGAAGGCGGUGAGCUCCGGGGAAGCGUCGGGCUUCGCGGGACCGUCAGGAUGAAGCUGACCACCCAGGCCUACUGCAAGAUGGUGCUGCACGGCGCCAAGUACCCGCACUGCGCCGUGAACGGGCUGCUGGUGGCCGAACGGCCGCCGGGGAGCAGGGGCCGAGAGCAGGCCGGGCCCCCCUCGCUGUUCGUCGACUGCAUCCCGCUGUUCCACGGCACCUUGGCGCUGGCGCCUAUGUUGGAGGUGGCCCUCACGCUGAUUGACUCUUGGUGCAAAGAGAAUAGCUACGUGAUAGCUGGCUAUUACCAGGCAAACGAACGCGUGAAAGAUGCCAGUCCAACCCAGGUUGCUGAGAAGGUGGCUUCCAGAAUUGCAGAGGGCUUUAACGAUACGGCACUCAUAAUGGUUGAUAACACCAAGUUCACCAUGGAGUGCUUAGAACCUGCCAUUCACGUGUACGAGCUUCACGAGAACAAGUGGAGGUGCAAAGACCCGCACGUUGAUUUUUGUGAAGACUGGAGCGAAGCCCAGAGAAUCGCCGCGUCUCUCUUGGACAGCAAGUCCUACGAAACGCUUGUGGAUUUUGAUAACCACCUGGAUGACAUCCGGAACGACUGGACAAACCCGGAGAUCAACAAGGCUGUCCUCCACCUGUGUUAGAGGGCUUCCUCCUGACUCAUUCAUGGGCAUUCCCACUGCGUACUGAAGAUACAAAGAUGAUAUUUUUGAACGUCAGUAGAAUAACUUUGAGUACCUGGUGUGGGAAGGUGGCGGAUUUAAGAGUGGCACGUCACGUUGCCAGGGGUGCUGUGUCCAUAAGCUGUUGAAUCCUUUUGAUGAGGUUCAUUAGAAGAGCUGCACACCAUCAGUUCCAGCUGUCCCAGUGGAUGCCUUCCCAGUUGCAGUGAAUGUUGCUGUUCCUUCGAAACCAGAACUACUCCUGCUUAUUCCCCUUGUUCCCGUCACAAAGUUCUGACUAAGCUUUUGUACUCUAGAGAGAAUAAUUUUUAAAGAUUUAUGAAAAUAGCUUUCGAAAAAGUCAGUUUUGCCCUCAGAUGGGGUCAAAUAUGUAAACAAAAUCUAAGGUUAACUGUUUCACAGGGCUUUUUGGCCUGGCUGGAAAUGGCCUUCUAUCACUGCAGCAGAAUGCAGACUGCUGAAGAUGAUGUGGCGUGCUCAUGUGUCACCUGAUUGGCAAUGGUUUUGCAUGACACAGCUACAGAAAAUGUGUUAAAGCUGUAUUCCCAAUCACUACGGUCAUUUCUGCUGUCCCUGGACAUACAACCAUAGUUACUGCCUGGAAAAGCUGAACACAAAGUAAAAUCAGAUGCUCACCUGGUGUGAUUUUUUUGGUUUGUUCUGAUUUGAAGCCUGGAAUAACGCUUCUGAAUGAAAGUUCUAAAACCAUUUUAAGACUACGAAAGGGGAGAGUAAAAUACAAUGUUACUUCUAUGCA